AUGGACUAUUCUCCCUUAGAUUUCUGGGAAUUGUAGUCCUUUCCCGCCCCCCCAUCACAAUUCACCGCUUGUUGGCAGAAAGAACUACAUUUCCCAGGAAUCCGUUCUCCUUGGGCUACGUAGCUACGAUUGUUUUUGUUGCUACAGGAGAGGAGACUCCUAGGAUGCCUCUCUGAAUAAAGACGCUCAAAGUGCGAAGUGACUAGAUGGGAGCCAAAGCGGAAAACUAGGGAAUGGGAGGUAAAGUGGCCUUGUGAGAAGGAAUGCCUGCCCAAAUAUCAGAUUUGGAGAUCAUGGAUGAAGAUCAAUUAAUUGAAGAAGUCUUGGAUAAGUUUGUAAAUUGCCAUGAACAAACAUACGAAGAAUUCCUGAGCACUUUUACUCAUCUUUCAAAAGAGGAUAAUGUGACCAAACGAGGAGCAUUUGGAACUGAUUCUUCAGAAAACAUAUUUCCUUCAGUAAAAUUUGCUCAUGAAAAUGAACCAAAUGAUCAUCAUCUUAGAAACAAAGCCGUCUUUCUUCGUACUUCAUCACAAUGUUCAGAAGACGAACAGAUAGUGAUAGAUGAAGGCCAAAAAGUUGGCAGUUCCUUUCAAGGUGAUCUGAAUCGGGCUGGAAAGGUGAAGGUAGACAAUUUCCUAGAUUUAGAAGAUUUGGAUGUGGAUGAAGAGACUCAGCCCCAAAUGAGUAAGGAUUUGCUGCUGCUUCCAGGAGAAGUGGAGGAGGACGUCUGCCCACGUGUCCCUUCUUACAUUCCUUCUGCGGCCCAGCCCUUCACCCCUGGGGUAAAGCCAGGGCCUGCUGGGAGAGGAGCUGACAAGCAAACAGAAGAGAUACUCGGAGAUGAAGUCCAGCCCUUCUCACUUGAUGAAGAAUUUGAUUAUGACGCUGUGAUGCUAACCCCCAAGUUCACUCCUGCAGAGAUAGAUGCGAUCACAGAGCUGUCCAAGCAAGAGAGAUCACCGACACAGACUUAGAGGAACCCCAUGGCUGAUUCACGGAGACAUCUUUGUGUUCGUGUUUAUUUUGUUGUU